AUGAGUAGGAAGAUGGCGUCUCCCACGGACGGGACAGAUCUGGAAACAUCUUUGCUAAGUUUUGAAAAACUUGACCGUGCCUCCCCAGACCUUUGGCCAGAACAAUUACCAGGUGUUGCUGAGUUUGCAGCUUCCUUCAAAAGUCCCAUUACUAGCUCUCCACCGAAAUGGAUGGCUGAAAUAGAGCGGGACGAUAUUGACAUGUUGAAAGAACUGGGCAGUCUGACCACGGCUAACUUGAUGGAGAAGGUACGAGGUCUACAGAACCUGGCCUAUCAGCUGGGCCUGGAUGAGUCCAGAGAGAUGACCCGGGGGAAGUUCCUCAACAUCCUAGAGAAGCCCAAGAAGUAGCAGCUGCCGGUGGCCAUGGUGUCCUGGGAACUGUGGCCGCCAUGCCAGCUUCCCGGUGC